GGUUUGUCUACUCGACUUCCGCUAUUUCAUCACGUUUCGGCAGCUUCGUUGCCGGUAUAUAAGCUCCGUUUGUGAUCUAUUUACACACAGACAGCUACGACUGGUAUGAAAGAAUAACAAAGUUUGUACCAUUGAAUGGCAUUACGUGGACUGAAAGUAAUAAGUGAAUUUCAGUUGACUUUUGGAUUAUUUAAAUCAGUUACUACAGUACAGAUAUUACAGAAAUCUAUGAUGGCUAGUAAGUUACAAUGGAGAGGUAUAGAUUUAUAUAGACAGAAAUCUAUGAUGGCUACCAAAGUAAAGAAGACACAGCCAAAGUGGACCCCUCCAAAGGGCACAGAAGUCCCACAGCUCAAGUUAUAUAACAGUUUAACAAGACAAAAGGAAGUAUUUACCCCACAGAAUGGGAGACAUGUUCUAUGGUACAGCUGUGGACCAACAGUAUAUGAUGCUUCUCAUAUGGGACAUGCCAGGUCCUAUAUAUCAUUUGACAUCUUGAGAAGAGUUCUGCAGGAUUACUUUAAAUAUGAAGUGUUUUACUGUAUGAAUAUCACAGAUAUUGAUGAUAAGAUUAUCAAAAGAGCAAGACAGAAUUAUCUGUUUGAGAAAUAUGUACAAGAGAAUCACCCAUGGAAAAGAAUUAUGGAUGAUACAGUAGAGGCCAUGAAGCCAUUUGCAGAGAAAGUGAGAACAGAAACUGACCCAGAUAAGAAAGCCAUGUAUGAUAGAAUGUCUGAGAAGGUCAACAAAGCACUCAAAGCAUUGGAGGCUGUUGUCAAUAACAGCAAAGGUCAAGAUGAAAUUCAGCAAGCUAGAAAAGCCUUAUUAGAAGCAUCCAGAGAUAUUGUUGCUGAUUGGUUGGAUAGUUUACAUGGUUCGGAGGUCACAGAUAACUCUAUAUUCACGAGCCUGCCAAGAUUUUUUGAAGAACAGUUCCAUGAAGACAUGAAAGCUUUAAAUGUUUUACCAGCAGACGUGUUAACAAGAGUUAGCGAAUACAUACCAGAAAUUAUAACUUUUGUACAGAAAAUUAUAAAUAAUGGCUUUGGAUAUGAAUCAAAUGGCUCUGUAUAUUUUGAUACUCCUACUUUUGAUCAGAGUGAGGGACAUUUUUAUGCCAAACUUGUACCAGAAUCUGUUGGGGAUUCCAAGGCUCUGGCAGAAGGAGAAGGUGACCUGUCUAAGGAUAAAGUAACAGAGAAGAAAAGUCCAAUAGAUUUUGCUCUGUGGAAGGCAUCCAAACCUGGGGAGCCGUCCUGGGAUUCCCCAUGGGGAAAGGGUAGACCAGGAUGGCAUAUUGAAUGCUCAGUAAUGGCCAGCAGUAUUUUAGGAGAGUCCAUGGAGAUCCACACAGGAGGAUGUGAUCUGAAGUUUCCACAUCAUGAUAAUGAACUGGCCCAGGCAGAGGCAUACUUCCAAAAUGACCAAUGGGUGAAGUACUUCCUUCAUUCAGGACACUUAACAAUAGAAGGCUGCAAGAUGUCAAAAUCACUGAAAAAUUUUAUUUCCAUAACUGAUGCUUUAAAACAGCACACGGCCAGACAGCUACGACUAUUGUUUUUACUACACUCCUGGAAUGAUACAUUAGAUUAUGGGUCAAACAGCAUGGAAGGAGCAUUGAAAUAUGAAAAACUUUUACAGGAGUUUUUCCUGACAAUACAGAGUAUAUUAAGAAACACUGCCUCUACAGGUAUAGCAGCUUUCCAUAAAUGGAACCCAGAGGAAGUCAGUCUCAAUAAAAGAUUGAUGGACACAAGAACUAAUGUCCAUGCUGCUCUUUGUGAUAAUGUUGACACAAAGACAGCAUUAGAUGAGGUUAGAGAGCUGAUAAAGGCCAGCAAUAUAUACAUCAACAAACACAAGACUGACAAAACUCUGCCCAACAGAAUGUUACUGCAAAAUAUAGCUACAUAUAUUACUAAUCUACUCAAAAUGUUUGGUGCAAUAGAAACAGAUGAUAGUAUAGGAUUCCCUAUAGCUGGAACUCAGUCUGUUAAUAUAGAAGAAACUGUGAUGCCAUACCUUCAAGCCUUUGCACAGUUCAGAGAUACUGUUAGGCAGGUUGCAAUAGAACAGAAAAUCAAACCUGUUUUGAUACAGUGUGACGAAGUUAGAAACCGAGUCUUGCCAGAUCUUGGAGUGCGAUUAGAGGACCAGGAUAAUGCUCCAGCAGUCAUCAAGUUUAUGGACCCAGAGACCAUAAGAAAAGAAAGAGAGUUUGAAGAGCAGAGGAAACAAGAGAAAGAGAAAAAGAAAAAAGAUCAAGAGGCUGUGAAGGCAGCAAAAGAAGCUUUGGACAGAAUACCACCAUGGGAACUCUUCAAAAAAGAGACAGAUAAAUAUUCAAAGUUUGAUGAAAGGGGUAUACCAACACAUGAUGCUGAAGGUAAUGAAUUAACCAAAUCUGCUCUCAAGAAAUUGACCAAACAAUAUGAAACGCAGGAGAAGAAGUAUAAUAAACUAAUGGCUACACAAAAACCAGGAGAUGGUGAUGGACAGUAAUAUUACAAGCCUCGCGGGCAAGCCUCGCGGGCUGGACUCUGAUCUGAUGUUGUUUUAUCACUUAUUUAUUAAAUGUAGUCGUAAACAAUA